AACUCCGACAACGGAAGGACACCGUACUGCGAUCACACUAUACCCACCGUCCAAACUCUCCGUUUUAAUGUUUCCCACCGAAACCAAAGAGAAGCAUCUCGAGGACAGUGACUCAGUGAGUGGCACACUUCGUAAUUUCACCCACUUCUCAUGCCCAUUUUCCUUUCCUUCUCCCUACAAUACUCUCGUCGCAAGCACCACAUUGAUUCCACAGAGGAGCAUUGCAGACUGUAUAUGUCACUGUACAGUCGAUACCUAAUGAUGUGAACAGGAUAAAUGUUAUAAGAUAUCCAGCUGUAGCAUUUUGUGAUGCUUCUAUGGUGCUGUGAAAUUGCCGCAUUAAUAAGUGAUUAUUGUCUUCAAAUGGUGUUAUCUUCUAGUUGCUGAGCCUCAACUUGGAACUGAAAAUUGGACUGUAAUGUAGCAAACUUGCCUCUUAUCUCUGGGAUCCUGUUCUUAACUUAAACUUCUUGCACAGACCUUGUGGGACUUAGAACGUUCUAUUAGAUAAGUUUUAAGUGGGAGUAAUAUCUCGGGUAGUUAACCUAGUAUUUUCUGAGUCGGUGAUUUUCAUUAGGUUGCAGUUAUGGAAGUUAGAGUGGCUAAAAGUUCAAAUGACAUAACAAGCAGCCAUCUUUUGACCCCAGUGCGAGUUAUCAGGGGUCUGAUUUGUCUAUUAGUGCUGCUUUCAACAGCAUCCUUUAUGUUAGUGUAUGUUGGCUUUUUAACUGCCGUCAUAUUGCGGCUUUUCAGCAUACAUUACAGCAGGAGAGCAACAUUGUUUUUCUUUGGUGCUUGGCUAGCUUUGUGGCCUUCUCUAUUUGAAAAGAUAAACAAAACUAAAGUCAUUUUUUCUGGGGAAACUGUUCCUGUGGAGGAACGUGUUUUGCUUAUUGCAAACCACAGAACUGAAGUAGACUGGAUGUACUUGUGGGACCUUGCAUGGCGGAAAGGAUGCUUGGGAUGUAUAAAGUAUGUCCUCAAGAGCAGUUUGGUGAAAUUACCUAUAUUUGGCUGGGCGUUCCAUAUAUUAGAAUUCAUCCCAGUGGAAAGAAAGUGGGAAAUCGAUGAAGCAAGGAUGCGCCGAAUGCUUUCAACUUUCAAAGACCCCCGUGAUUCAAUUUGGCUUGCUCUUUUCCCAGAAGGAACUGAUUUCACUGAGCAAAAGUGCUUGCGAAGUCAAAAGUAUGCAGCUGAGAAUGGAUUACCUAUACUGAAAAACGUUUUGCUUCCGAAAACAAAGGGUUUCUGUGUCUGCUUGGAAGAUUUGAGAGGCUCUCUGGAUGCAGUUUAUGACGUGACUAUUGGGUACAAGCAUCGGUGCCCAACUUUUCUGGACAAUGUCUUUGGGGUGGAGCCUUCUGAAGUCCAUAUUCAUGUCCAGCGUAUCACACUUGAUAAGAUCCCAUUAUCUGAAGAGAAGGCAGCUGCUUGGUUGAUAGAAAGAUUCCAGCUAAAGGAUCAGUUACUAUCUGAUUUUUCUUCUCAAAGUCAGUUUCCUAACCAAGUAACAGAAAGGGAUCUCUCCACAGUAAAGUGCCUCGUUAAUUUUUCUGCAGUAACUAUCUUGAUUGGCACAUGCAUGUUUUUAACUUUCUUCUCAUCCAUUUGGUUUAAGAUUUUUGCGUCUUUGUCGUGUUCUUACUUGGCAUCCGCAACCUAUUUUAAUUUUCGUCCAGCGCCACUGCUACACUUGGGGAAAGCUGAGAAAGCUUAGAAGUUCUCUUGUAGAUGAAACUGAUUCUGCAUUUGGAUCUUUGUUUUUCACAUCAUCUUUGAGUAUUUAAAUUUUAAGGCAAGUUGUUUAAAAACUUGAAACAAACAGCAUCUUAUGAAUAAGAUUUUCACUAUUGAUGCCUGUAAACAGGCUGACAAGUCUUAUGUU